UCGGAGCGUCGAAUCGUUCUAACUUUGUCGCACAAUAAUAAACAUAACAUUAUACACAGCUGUUAGCACAUAACAUGGGGAGAAACUUUACUGAGAGGCUACGGACGCUCUAGUUGGGAAACAUUACUUUGACCACUACGGCUAAAAGGAGUUAAAACGCAGAGAGAUUAUGGAGGAUCCACAUACACGGUACAGCAAACGUCUGCGUACAGGUACGCGGCGCCGCUACCAGGACGAUGGAAUCUCAGAUGAUGAAAUUGAAGGGAAGAGAAUGUUUGACCUGGAUGAAAAGUUGCAGUGCGGCAGGUUUGGCUCUGAUUUGGUCAAACACAUGGAGGGGAAAGAUUUCACAUUUGAAUACAUCCAGAGGGAAGGGCUCAGGGACCCCAUUAUCUUUAAGACAGCUGAUGGCCUUGGCAUACAAAUGCCAGACUCUGAUUUCAGUGUGAGUGACGUCAAGUUGUUUGUUGGUAGUCGACGUAUUGUAGAUGUGAUGGACGUGAACACCCAGAAGGGAAUCGAGAUGUCAAUGGCUCAGUGGCGACGAUACUAUGAGACACCACCAUCAGAAAGAGAAAAACUCUACAAUGUCAUCAGCCUGGAGUUCAGCCACACCAGGCUGGAGAAUCUGGUCAAACGGCCGGCUUCGGUGGACCUCAUUGACUGGGUGGACAACAUGUGGCCCCGUCAUCUGAAGGAGAGACAGAGAGACUCCACUAACGCCAUCAUAGAUAUGCAUUAUCCCAAAGUACAGAAGUACUGUCUCAUGAGUGUGCAGGGCUGCUUCACAGAUUUCCACAUUGACUUUGGAGGCACUUCAGUCUGGUAUCACAUCCUGAGAGGAGGAAAGGUGUUCUGGCUGAUUCCACCCACACCACAGAACCUGGAGAUGUAUGAGAACUGGGUUUUAUCAGGAAAACAGGGAGACAUCUUCUUGGGGGACAAGUGUCAUGACUGUCAGAGGAUAGAACUCAAGCAGGGCUACACCUUCAUAAUCCCAUCAGGGUGGAUUCAUGCUGUGUACACUCCAGAGGACACAUUGGUUUUUGGGGGCAAUUUCCUCCACAGCUUUAACAUCCCUAUGCAGCUCAACAUCUACAGCAUUGAGGAUCGCACAAGGGUGCCAGCAAAGUUCCGCUACCCUUUCUACUAUGAGAUGUGCUGGUAUGUCCUGGAGAGAUACCUCUAUUGCCUGACCAACGUCUCCCACCUCACACCUGAGUUCCAAAAAUACUCCCUUGGCAUAGGACUCACCCGGGCCGACCUUGAAACCAAUGAUCUCACCAGGAAUGGCACCUCCAAUGGUGUUGACAGUGACACUGAAAUCACAGAGACCAUGUUCAAGGAGGAAGAAAUCAAAGAAGAAGAAGGAGCAGCAGCUGAAGUUACCACACCUCAGCACGCGCUGACCCCCUUUGAGCUGGAGGGACUGUGGAACCUCUUGGGGAAGCUUGAGGAACUGCCGACACACAAAAAGUGUGUCCCUGCAGGCAUCAGGAACGCCGCAGCCCUGCUUGAGGACAUGAGGGCUGUUCUGAAGGAGCAUGCCAGUGAUUCCCCCAAGCUGUCCUACACUGGAGAGCCCAUUGUCAAGUGGCCCAAAAGGCCAUCAUGGUACCAGCCCCCCACUCCCCCUCCCCCUGUCAUUUACCGUCCUCGCUUGGGCCCCACCCUCCACAAGCCUCUGGGUCAGAGGCCCACCAAACGCUCCUCCAUCUCUGCCCUGAGGCGCAGACGGGUCAGGUGCAAGCGCUGUGCUGCUUGCUGCAGGAAGGAGUGCGGCAACUGCCAGUACUGCCAUGACAUGAGGAAGUUUGGUGGGCCUGGACGCAUGAAGAAGAGCUGUAUUAUGAGACAGUGUUUAGCGCCUGCAUUGCCAAACACAGCUCGAUGUGCCAUAUGUGGAGAAGGUGAAUCAGAUGAAUCAAAUCCGAGCACUCACUCACUCAUGGAGUGCUCUGUCUGCUCGCAGAUUGCCCAUCGUCAAUGUAUUAAGGAACCUGGUGAGGGGAAGAUCAAUAAGGAUUUGCCCAGCUGCUGGGAAUGUCCCAAAUGUUAUCAAGGCAAGGGUUCAGCAUCAGAGUCUUCCAGUGAUGAGGAAAGUGGAGAGUCAGAGGGCUCACCCGCCUUGCCACCGUCCAAACUUGCUUACCGAGAAGGCAUUGGUGUAGGUGACGGGGUGAAACGAGGGAAACGUAGCAGACCCCAAUCCCGACCCACAGCACCACCACCUUCUCAGAAACUGUUACUGCAGCAUCAACAGAAUCGCAAAAGAGCAAGUGCACUGGAGCUCAGACUUAAAAAGAGGAUAAAACUGGAGCGCAGCAAACUCUUAGUGAAACAGUCGUCUCUAGAUCGAUCUCCCAGGCUGCUGGGCUCCAGGAUGCUGUCCCGGCUGCGCUCUCCAAUCAGCAGACUAUCUCAGGGCAGAGGUCGGGGCUCCACCUGGGCAAGUGGCUCACCUUACCACAGCUCUCCAGGAGGGACUGGGUCCUUCCAGCAGCAGCAGUCUUCCCUCGGUCUGGUACUUGAGCCCAAGGGAGAGCCCCGCAGAGGGAGGGGAAGAGGCGUGAGGCUGCGGGGAGGAGGAGCAGGAAGAGGAAUCAGAGAUGGUAGAGGCCACGGAGACUUGGAGGAGGAGAGUGAGGACAGCAGCAGCACCAGCAGCAGCAGCAGCAGCGACGAGGAAGAGGAGAGAGGGCAGAGCAGUGGGAGGGGAGGGGAUAAAGAGAACCAGCCGCAAUCCAGGCAAGGAGGACGAGCAGCCAAAGAUGUAGAAGAGGAAGGGAGCGAGGUGGCCAACCAAAACUGUGCGGAGGAGGACGAGGAGGAGGACGAAGAGAUGGAGCAGGACCGUCAAAUAGGGGACAAGGAUGGCUCGCAUCUUAAAGUGACACUCCAAAAGCCAACCAGGGCCAAACGGGACCCAUCUGCCAUUGUACCCAAAUUAGAGGCUAUCGCCCCUCAAACUGCUACUACCACAAUACACAACCAGACCAGAGCCCUCGUCAGACCCCCAAUUAGAAAUCGUGGCCCCUGUUCUGAUCAACACUCCAGUAGGCACACACCCCCACACACCCGCAGUGGACACACAGACACUCACCCCUCCCACCCAGACGUCUCUAAAAGGCCGAGGCCGAGCAGGCCAGCUAAACUGAGCAAUGGCGCCUCCUGUUCUUCAUCCUCUGAGCUUCCUCAUCUCCGCAUCCCUCUGUCCGCCCUGCAGGAAGGAGGAAGCGAGGCAGACAGGGAGAGCAAUGGAAGUGGGCCGGGUUGUGAGAGGGAGGUGUGGGUGUCUGUCUUCCGCUACUUGAGUCGAGCAGAUCUCUGCGUCUGCAUGGCCGUCUGCAAGAACUGGUACAAAUGGUGUUUAGACAAGCGGCUCUGGUCACGGAUUGACCUGAGCGUCAAGCGCACCGUUACUCCUCAGGCCCUAACAGGCAUCAUAAAGAGACAACCCGUCACACUCGAUCUCUCUUGGACCAACAUCUCGAAAAAGCAGCUCAACUGGCUUGUUGGCCGCCUGCCUGGGCUGAAGGAUCUGAUGCUGGCAGGUUGUUCCUGGUCAUCUAUCUCAGCUCUCUGUUCCUCUGGUUGCCCACUCCUCCGUUCUCUGGACCUGCGGUAUGCAGACGGAGUCAAAGAUUCUCAGAUCAGGGAUCUUGUCAGCCCUCCAGGCUGUGACAAUCGCAGUCAGUUGCGGAACAUGCAGUAUUUGCGACUAGCAGGCCUAGACAUCAGUGACUCCACUCUGCGCCUGGUGAUCCGCCACAUGCCCCAUUUAACAAAACUGGACCUCUCCCACUGCAACAGCCUCACUGACCACUCCAUCAACCUGCUGACUGCCGUGGGCUCAUCCACCCGAAACAAGCUUACAGAACUCAACCUGGGAGGCUGCAGUAAACUGACAGACACAUGUCUAAAGUACCUUCGCCGCCUCUCUUGCAUCUCACUGCUUGACCUGCGAGGCUGUAAAGGUGUCUCCCGCAAGGCCUGUGAGGCCUUUAUCUCCGAGCUGUCAGUCAACACACUCUACUGCCUAUCAGAUGAAAAACUGAUCCAGAGGAUAUCCUAAGCGCCUGCCUCCUCUCACUGCAGAGGUGAUUUGAGGUGCAAGAGCAGGGGGAAUGGAUUCUGAUGUGAAUCUGUGUGACACAAAGGACACAAAUGGGCAGGGAAGUUCACAUGCACCUGUGUCACUUAAAAAGUGGUGGGGUCUAAACUGGGAGGGCUUACUCACUUAGCUGGUGUUGGUAGAAGGGGUUGUCACAGCUAUAACAGUGUUUCUUCUCAACACAUUUUUCCCGUGUACCUAAAAAGAGACUCAGGAGCUUUUUUUUUUUCUGCUGUUAUUCUUUUGGGAAUUAAUGUUGUAUGGAUUAAGCACAUCUUUUUUUAUUGUCAGGAGUGGGAGAACAAAGGCAAUUAAUUAGCUGUAAUAGACUACACAUUCAUUGGAUAACCAACUGCUCAUCUCUUCUUUUUUUGGACAGAUGGCAUCUUGACUCCUAUAACAAACUCCUGCCUUGAGAAAGAAACUUUUGAGUUUCAUCCUUGGGGGUAUAGCUGCAUUGUUCGGUUUGGCUGAUCCCCAUAAAGUCUUAUUUAUCAUGUGACACAUGUAAACUUAUUUGAUUUCAGCUACAUUUUGGUGCUCCAUAUAGAUGGCUAUUUUUUGUCACAUUCAAGAGAGCAACGUUAAGUUGUUUGAUGACUUAUGCUUUGUGCACAACAGCUUUGUGUUUAGAUUUUUUUUAAAUACGACUAAAGGUGACAGAUUUUUCACAUCAUGACUUACAAAGUGAGUUACUGGAAUGGCCUGUGUUUACCAGCUGUAUGCUAGGCUUAAUAAGGUGUUUGGAUGCGACUGUAGUUCAGUGGUGUACUUAAUAAGUAUACAUGGACAUUGAGUGGUUGUGGUUGUGUAAGAGUGUAAAAAGACAGUGUGAGAGGUUCAGUUGAUUUGGCAACAAGACUUCACCCCAACAAAGGUCAGGUUGCAUUAAGUGUUCGGGGUAAGCCAAGGAUUAGGUGUCAGAUAAAUGGUGCAUUUUCAAACAACCAUUAGACUUCAGGUGCUAUUAUUUCCAAACUCCUCUUGCUUUGUUUUUGUACAGAGACAACAUUUAGAGCAAAAAUGUUAAUAUUCUAGAUGAAACUGCUCCCCACCCCUCUUUGAUACACUUUUUUCUUUUCAUGGAUGAAAAAUGUGAGUAUCUACUUUUCACUGACUUUCAUGACCUUGUCUAAUUCAAUGCAGAGAUGUAUGAUUUUUUUGUUCGGGGAUGGGGUGGGGGUUGCCCAUUUCUUUGUUUCCUUCAAGUCUAGUGGUUCUGUAUCAAAGGUCUCCCAGACUGCUCCUUUACCCAUAUCCCUCAAAAUGAAUAUAAGUAUAUAAAUAUAUACUUUUGUGUAAAUGUGUUCUCCUCUUUUAGAUUAUGAAAACGGGAAUCCUGUAGCAAUGUAAUUAUUUUCAGAAGCCUUUUUCACUUUAUGUUGUUUGUGUUAUUUUUCAAGAAAAAUAAAAAAUGAUAAACAAUGGGUUAUAUUCUUACUCACAGUGAGA